CGGUUGUCUUGAAAAGUAUCUGAGUAUCAACUUAAAAGAUAUACCUAACUGUGCGUUGGUUCCGUGGCGUAGAAGAGACACAAAGUUUAUUUUGAUAUCGAAUUUGACAUUUCGAGCCGGUGCGGUAUUCUAGACUUUUUAUACGCGCGAAAAAAGCUUAUUUGCCGUUUUCCAUUGCGUCAAAAUUAAGUCACGAAGUUAAACUUUGCUCAAACUUGCUUGGGUUCUGGUUCUGGAGCACCUGGUGAUGGUUUGGUCUUUGCGGCAGCGGCGGUUUAGCUCAAUGGCAGCUUGGAUGAUCACAGGUCUAUGUCUUGCUUUGGUGGCACUCGUUGAAUCUCAAGGUAUCCAAACAAUUCCGGCAACUGCUUAUGUAAAAUCACUUUCGAAAAAUAUAAAAUUGCUAUGUCGGAGUGACAAACCAAUCGAUGCUUGCAGUGUCAAAAUUCCCGGUGUCGUUGGUAAUCAGGACAUUCAUAGCCUUCCUGAUGGAAUUAACUACUACGGUGAAAGUUUGCAUAGAGGUGACUGUGGUAUUGAAUUCGCAACUUUCAAAUCAUCUAACGAAGGGAAAUUCUUUUGCAAUUUAACCAUUGGAAAAGAGCUAUUUCAAUCAGCUAUCGAUAUUAUUAUACCGAUUACACCGGAACCAACUGAAAUUGAAUUGGGACGCAAUACUGUAAUUGAACAAGGAGGAUUGGCACCGAAUCAAACAUUGGCGAUAAAAUGCAUAUCCCAGGACGCCAUCCCGCAGGCCAAUCUAAGUUGGUUUUUAGAUGACGAACAAAUCGACAGCAGUUUCCUGGGACCAUUACAAACAAGCAUAACAGUUGACAAAAAAGGAAGAAAACUAUUGACCGUGCAGCAAGAACUGCACUAUUUCAUUACCGCAGCCGAUUGCGGAAAGAAAAUUGUUUGUAAGGCCGAACAUUUUGCUAUUAGUAAAGGUUACUAUCGGGCUUUCUUACCACUGAAUAUUCGAAUUCCUCCUCAACCUAUUCCGAGCAUAUACAUUGGUGAAGGCUCUCAUGCGAUAGUAAACGUUACAAUCAAAUCAAAUCCCCGACCGAAGACUAGUUGGAAAGUCAAUGGAUUGACAAUAGAUGAGGGCCUUACGGUGGGACCUUAUCAAGCUUAUAUCCCCAAAGAUAUGGACCACGGAGAUUAUUUAAUUCUAUUAAAGAUCAACGAGCCAACAGAGCAAACAGAAAUAUUUGAGCUGACUGCUAGCAACGAUCUCGGUUCACAAACAUAUGUUAUUAAAGGACGCAAAUACGAGGAAAAUGAGAUUGUUACCCCUGCUAGUAAAAAUGGGGCCGUAUUCUGGCUAAUUAGCAUAUGGACGUUUUUCUGCUCUGCAAUAGUGACUUGUGCGUUGCGAAAUCCUUCGGUUGCCUGAACUAAUAAUCCAAAGUUUCUAAACCGGUUCAUUCCAUACUCAAAUUGGGACCCAUAACUUGUAAAAGAUAAUGGGAGAACCGAUUUCAGCAUUGAAUGAACCGAAGUAAACAGUAUUUUUUACAAGUAAUGACUUACUUAUUUCGCUAAGCGAUGUUCUUUGAUUUGUGCUACAGAAAAUAAUUCAAAACUGGUAAUUAUUACAGGAUGUUAAUGCACAGCCCAUUACAAAUGUGGAUAAUCCGUACAGAGAACUAAUUUUGUAGUUUAAGUGCUUAUUUAUUGAACGAAACUGCAUUUAUUUAAAUUUACGGUAGUGUGAUAAUGAGCGUGAUUAACUCGCCAAACGGAAAAGAUUUCGUCGACUUUUAUAAGAA